AGUUGCUUUGGUAACUCGCGUAAACAAAUGGCGUCCAAGAUGAUCUGAACAACACUUGCUACUGCUCAUUUGUUUUGAAGCUACGAUACCUUUUAUUUGAUUGAACGUUAGAUGGGGAAAUUAUACAUCUAAAACGAGCAUGUUUGUUUGUAUACUAAUAAAUUAUCGCAUUUAAACAGUUUGUUCGCUAAGAUGGAUGACGAGCCUUUUUCUACAUUGCUUGCUUACACGAAAAGCCCUAAAACAUCCAGAAGAACAACUUUUCAGGAUGAGCUAAAGAAAGCUGUGUCUGCUAGAGCCAACAGGCAGAGUUACUCUGAUGACUUUGAAGAUGACGAUGAUGAAGAUGCUAAAGAUGGUGAUGAUGACGCAGACAUACUUAAACUCCUAAAGAUACAAAAACAGAAGAAAGAGAGAUUUAAAGCUGGGAAGACAAAAGGCAAAAUCAAUGACUUCAAGCUUUCAGAUGAUGAAGAGGAAAAUGUCAAACCCAAAAAAGUAUCUUUUAUGAAAACCAAAAGGACCAGCUCACCUGUGCACUUUGAACAUCUAAACACCACAGGAAGUGCAGAUGAUCAGCUUAGUUCUUUCCAUUCCACCCAGUCCAGAAAUACUUCUCAAAGUCCAAGCAAUUCUUACACUCCAGAGAAAAACCAACAGACAGAUUCCCCUUUUUCCUCUCUAUCUGACAAGUUUCAACCAGAGUCCACUUCACUCCAAAAGGAUGAACAGUUAAAAUCAGUGAAGUUGAGGAAGAGUCUGUCAGAAUCUCCACUGCCAUUAAACUCUGAGAAUAGCCAUUGGGAAUCUUCCGUCCCUCUUACAUCAGAUGGCUCUCAUUGGGAUAGUCCGAUACCAUUGCCUUCAGAAAAAGAUGAGGACAGUCAAAGGAUUGGUGAAGAUGGUGAACUACCCAUUCCUCAACCCAGGGAGAGAAGUGUUAAACCAAAACUCUCCACAGAUCUUGCUCAAGACAUGUCGCCCAGACCCAAACCCAGGCAGAGGACAGCAAAUAUGUGUGACAUUGGUCAGUUAGAAGAGGAAACACAAGCAGAGUCCACUGCCUGCAGCAGAACAGCCACAUCCUCUAUGUCUAUAGCCCUUUCCAACACAUUCUCUUCUGAGAAGAGUCACACCUCUACCAAUGAUAGUGUUAUGGGUCCAGGUGAAGACCAGGCCAUGUCAGAAAAGUCCAAGGGACAGUCUUUUUCGACAGCAGAACAAAUGUCUAAAGCUCCAGCCACCGUAGGCAGUGCUGCCUCAGAAGAGAGCAAAGAGAGAAAUUACUCAACAUCCUUUGAAGAAAUGAAUGAGAGUUCCCAGGGUGACCUUGACCACACAUCAACCACUCUAAGCAGAACAUCUAGAAAAUCAACAGACAGACCUUCAAGCUCUCGGUUAAGUUCCAGAAAAUCCAAGAGUUCCUAUACAGCAGAGUCUAAAUACCUGGGAACACUGAAGAUUUUGGAUCAGAAGACACAGGAGACCCAACAAGUUCCAAAAGCAGCAGAUUCACUAAGAGCUGCUGUGUACCAGGAAUGGCUAAAAAAGAAAGAAGAAACUUUAAAAAUAACACAGAGGGCAAAAAAGCAGGAAGAGAAAUUGAAAGAGGAGAAAAUUCAAGAGGAAAAGCUUGGUAAAAUUGCAGAUGCAAAGGCUUCUUACGAUGCCUGGAAGGAGAAAAAAGGUGAAGUCAUUAGAAAGAAAGUCAAAGAAAAACAGGAGGCAAUCAAGCAACAACAAAUGGAAAUUGAUAAAACGCACGAAAAAAGGAAACAGCAAAACAGAUGUCACUCUAAACAUUUUGAAAAACAGGUUUUUGAAAAGUGGAAAGAGGAGCAUGACAGUAUCCUUAAAGACAGGAUGAGACAAAAGAAACAGACUGAGAGAAGACAGAAACUAGAGCAGGUCAAAGAGAAAGAAGAGAGGAAGAAAGACUCCUCCUCUGCAUUCACUGAAUGGAGUGAUCGAAAGAAGGAUGUUAUUGAAGAGAGGAUAAGGGCAGAACGCAAGAAGGAGAAGAUAAAGGAAGUGGAGGAAACAUAUGAAAAGGAGGAAAAAGAAAAAAUGGCCUUGGAGAUGUAUGAGAAAUGGCUGAAAAGAAAAGAGUUUCAACAAAAAAGAGAGAAAAAAGAAAAGAGGAUACAGGCUAUUCUUCAGGAUGAGCCCCCUCCACCCUGGAGCCCACCUAAUAAAACUAUCCCAUUUGGAAAAUGAGCGUUAUUUCAUUUUUAUUUUUAACCUGCUCUUCGACAUUUGAUAGAAUUACAUUUCAGAAAGACUCAAACCAUAAAUAAAUCAAUAUCCCUUAAUGUAAUGCAGUAACACUACAUGCCAUUUUCAUAAAGAUGUCUUGACGUUAUAAAAGCAAUUUUAAGAUAUUUGUUUAAAUAUCACAAAUUGGGUCCUAAUCAUGGCAACUAAAGAGAAAUUAGUCAAUUAGUUUUAUAGAAUUGCAUUAUAUGACUAACAAUGCCUUUAUUUAAAAUCGUUUAAAUUUGUUUUGUAAUGUGUUCAAUUGCUUUUUUUGUUUUUAAUGAACUUUUGUGGAAUUUGUUUACUUGUUGACAAAACAUUCAAAGUUUGGACCUAUUGUUUGUUGUGAUGGUAAACUUGUGUAAUUUAUUUUUCCUA